AUGGAGCUAAAUUAUCAUCCUAAGUGGGACGAUAGCUCAGUUGGGAGAGCAUUCAUGAUGUCUACAUGGGCUUCAUUCUUCAUCCCAGAUGGGACGAUAGCUCAGUUGGGAGAGCGUGCGACUGAAGUUCGCAAGGUCGCUGGUUCGAUCCCGGCUCGUCCCAUUAUUUUUUUAGUGUUUUCUUGA